AGCCCCCCCCCGCCCACCAUGCCGCCGCUGCCCCCCGUGAACCCCGGCGGCCCGCGGCCCGUCUCCUUCACUCCGACAGCACUGCCCAACGGGAUUAACCAUUCCCCCCCGACGCUGAACGGGGCUCCGUCUCCACCUCAGCGGUUUAGCAAUGGUCCUGCCUCAUCCUCCUCCUCCUCGCUCACCAACCAGCAACUCCCAGCCACUUGCGGCGCCCGGCAGCUCAGCAAGCUGAAGCGUUUCCUCACAACCCUGCAGCAGUUUGGCAAUGACAUUUCUCCAGAGAUCGGGGAGAAGGUCCGGACCCUCGUUCUGGCUUUGGUGAACUCAACGGUGACAAUUGAGGAAUUUCACUGCAAGCUGCAAGAGGCUACGAACUUCCCCCUCCGGCCGUUUGUGAUCCCCUUUCUGAAGGCCAACCUCCCUCUGCUCCAGAGGGAGCUGCUGCACUGCGCCCGGGCUGCCAAGCAGACGCCGUCCCAGUACCUGGCACAGCACGAGCACAUCCUGCUCAACACAAACACCACGUCCCCGGCUGACUCCUCGGAGCUGCUCAUUGAGGUCAAUGGAAAUGGGAAGAGGCACAGUCCAGACAGAAGAGAAGAAAACAGCUUUGAGAGAGAGCCGCUCCCGACAGAGCCUCCAGCCAAGAGAGUGUGCACCAUCAGCCCGGCUCCCCGGCACAGUCCUGCCCUGACCAUGCCCCUCAUGAACCCUGCAGGGCAGUUCCACCCCACCCCCCCUCCCCUCCAGCACUACACCUUGGAAGAUAUCGCAACUUCCCAUCUGUACAGAGACCCCAGCAAGAUGUUGGAGCACAGGGAUAUUCGUGAGCGGCAUAGCAGCCUUGGUUUGAAUGGAGGCUAUCAGGAUGAGCUGGUCGACCACCGCUUAACGGAGAGAGAGUGGGCUGAUGAGUGGAAGCAUCUCGAUCAUGCGCUGAACUGCAUCAUGGAGAUGGUGGAGAAAACCAGGCGCUCCAUGGCUGUUCUGCGGCGCUGUCAGGAGGCCGAUCGGGAGGAGCUCAACUACUGGAAGAGGCGGUGCAGCGAGACUGCGGACACGAGGAAGGCAGGGAGCGAGCUCAUCUCCAGGCAGCACAGUCCCAGCAGCUCUGACUCCAUCAGCAGCGAUUCCUUGCGGGAGUUCAGCAGCAGGUCAGGAGCAGGCUAUGUCACUGAAGAGAUAUGGAAAAAAGCUGAAGCUGUGAACGAGGUGAAGCGUCAGGCCAUGUCUGAGGUGCAGAAAGCUGUGGCAGAGGCCGAGCAGAAGGCAUUCGAGAUGAUCGCCUCUGAGAGGGCGCGGAUGGAGCAGACCAUUGCGGACGCAAAGCGCCAAGCGACUGAGGAUGCAUUCUUAGUGAUAAACGAGCAGGAGGAGUCUACGGAGAGCUGCUGGAACUGCGGUCGCAAGGCCAGCGAGACGUGCAGCGGCUGCAACAUCGCCCGGUACUGCGGCUCUUUCUGCCAGCACAAGGACUGGGAGAGGCACCACCGAAUCUGCGGCCAAAGCCUGCACAGCCAGACCAAGCCCCUGGCUCUGCCCACCACCUGCCGCCAAGACCAUCGACGGGGUACCGAGCCCAGCCCUCGAGAAGACUUCGGCAACAACCUCUCGAUCCUCUACCCCAGCAUCUGUGACAGCAAUAGAUACAAACGGACUCUAAAGGGAAAGUUUUGUUUCACGUUAAUUUUCCUGUUUUUUAAGCCGAAAAAAGCCCACAGGAACUCAUAUCACUUUACACGUUUGACAAAUCUACACUGCCUCCUCUGA